AUGUCGAUUUAUAUAUUACUUUCUGAAUGUCCAGAUGGUUUUGUCCAUAAUGGAGAAUCUUGUUACUUGUUUUCAAUUCUCCAAGUCUCCUGGAUACAAGCCAUGAAAUUUUGUGAAAUUUACCAGGGAGAAUUAGCAGUUAUCGAGACAGAAGCAGAACAACUCUUCCUUGAAAAUUAUCUUAAUUCAACCUGGAGAAAUGCUAAUCAGACUGAUGGUGUUUGGAUAAGUGGUACUGACUUGCUAGUGGACGGCGAGUGGAUCUGGGCUAAGAAAGGCAGGUCAAUCGAUUAUUUUCGAUGGGCUCCAGGACAACCCGACAGUUCAAACAUGAACAUUGGUGGAGAAGACUGUAUCGAUUUAAUUCGUAGUAAAAACUUCAUGUGGAAUGAUGCUCCUUGCGAAAGUCAUAUCAACUUUGUCUGUGAACGUCCGUAA